AUGCGCGGCCUCACCAAGGCUGCCGCCUUUUUGCUGGCGCCGGCGCUGGCGAGGGCUUCGUCUUUGAGUCUGAAUGAGCCGUGGGCCAUCGUCGACUUGGAUAUCCCCACGGGGAAACAUGAUAUCGACUCUCUGACCCUCCGCCUCGACAUCCAGGAAACCGAGGACAUCUGUGGCCCGACCAAGCUCCGCGUAAACGGCCACCACCUCCAGCAAAAAGAGGAUGGCUCCGGAUCCGGCGUCGUCCCCGUCGGCGAGGACAUUAUCCUCGGCGCCCACUGGGUCUUCUCCUGCAUCAGCUCCAACGCCGGGCCCGAGGCGAAGCUCCUGCGCUUCACCGUCGACCGCCUGGACGGCGAGCCCGUCAAGGACCUCGACUUCGCCAUGACCUUCCGCCAGACCACCCCGGCCGUCAUCCUCGAGCUGGGCGGCGCCGCCUCCGCCUCCGCCUUGAUAGAGGCCCAACCGGGGAAUGACAGCCCUCCGGCCCAUGAACGCCCGUCCCAAGAGAUGCCCGACCCGGAUGACGAGCUCCAGGCUCAGAUCCACGAGCUCGAGCUUCUGCGCGACCAGGUCGACGAGCUGAUGGAACUCAUCCACGCCAAGGAGAUGGCUAUCCGCGAGCGCCUCGGCGGCAACGACGACCAUCACCGGCGCCCCCCGCCUCCCCCGAUCUUCAUUAUGCUCAAGGAGUGCAACGACGUGCAAUGCGUCGUGCGCGCCCUCGCCGACAAGGUCAAGCACACGGCCGGCGGCCUGUACGGCGGCUUCUUCGCCCACGGGCCCGGCCACGAGCACGAGAACGGUCAUGGAUGGGAUCACCCGGAUCGCAAACGCCCUCACCACGGAGAUGGAGGCCACCACAAGUUCCCUGGCAACCACUCGCGACCCUUCCCGCCGCCGCCUCCUCCGUUCUGUCCUCCCUGCCACGCGCCGCCUCACCCUCCUCACCAUGGAGAGCACCCGCCUCCUCCCCCUGAAGAUGGCGAGCACCCGUUCCCUCCUCCUCCUGAGGAUGGUGAGCGUCCUCCUCCUCUUCACGACGGCGACCGACCCCAUCCGCCUGAUUAUGACGAUGUCUCUCCUCCUCCUCCUCCUGGCCAGGCUCCCCACGCGCCUUUCGACGAGUUCCCUCCUCCGCCGCCGCCUCCUCCUCCUCACCAUGGCGAUCAUGAGCAUGGCGAUCAUCCCCCACCCCACGGCGAGCCUCCGUUCGAUCACCACCGCGGUGGUCCCCACGAUGGCCCUCAUGAUGGAAGACCUGGCGACGACGAGUUCUCUAUGCACCCUCCCCCUAUGGAGUCUGACGAGGACGAGCGCCCCUCUCCCCCUGAUCAUGAAGGCCACCCACCUCCUCAUCGUCAUGGACACGGCCCACACGGUCCCCACGGGCACGGCGGACACCACCAUCCUCCGCCUCGCUCCUUUCUCAUGGGCUUCGGUAUGGCUGGGAUUGCCCUCGCCCUCUUCUGCAUAAUCGGCCUUGGUUACAUGCGCCGCCGCGCCAACCACAUGACACCCGAGUCCCGUCGUGCCCUUCACCGAGAGCGUCGCACUCGUGGAUACGCCCUGCAGACCGCAAUCCGCCGCAUUCUAGCCCGGUGGACCGGCGACUACGACGAGGAGAAGCAGGCCAUGCUUCACCACCGAUCCUCCAGCGAAGACAGCGUCACCAUGGAGCAAGAGAUUGCGCGGUUCCGCGAGGCUGCCUUUAUGGUCGAGGGUCUUGUUGCUGCUGAGGAGGGUCGCACCCACCGAGAUAUGGCUCCCCGGGGUCCUCCUCACCACUUCCACCCUCAUCCUUACUACCACCCUCACCCUCACCCUCAUGGACCUCCUCCCCCCCAUGGACCUCCUCCUCACCACGGCCCUCACCACGGCCCUCCUCCCCCUGGUCCCCCUCCUCAUGGUCCUCCUCCUCCACACGGCCCUCCUCCCCCGCCGCGUCCCCCCAUGAUCCCCGAGGACGUCCCCGCGGCGCAGUACCCCGGCUUCAUGACUGGUCAAGAGCGUCUGCCCUCGUAUGACGACGAGACCCACGACGCCUCCGUUGUCUCGGACGGGUGCCGCUAUAUGCCCGGCGCGGCCCACUACUCGCCAUCCACCACUGCAUCCACCACCAGUGAUUUGCUUGGAGACUCCAAGCACUAG